AUGGACGAGGAGGUCUCACAGUUCCUCGUUCAAGACCUUUGCUGGGAGGACAAUCUUCUCGUCAGGCAGGCGGACAGCUUCAUCCCGUCCUCGGAUCGUCAGGAUAUGAUCGAUUGGUGGGCUAAGGGAGGUGAUAUACUCAGGCCUCAGGGUCCCGGCCAGUAUGAAUGGACAGCUAAGUCAAAGGCUCCCGAGCCUUUGAAACGUACAACUUGGGCUGAGUUACCCGGGAUAAAGGCCAAUAAGACUUAUGAAGCUCGUGUCGCCGAAUUCUUCAAUGAAAUCACAGAUUUGACCAUUGGCUUCAAAGACGACAGAGCAUUCGCCGAAGACAACAAACUCCGCCGCAGAUGGAAGGCGUUCAAUAGGGAACAAGUCGAAAAGAUGCGCAAUCCUGAUAUCCUCCUGAUUGAGCCCGGAACUGGCCCUACCAAAUGGGCCGAUGUCUUUUCCGCUAUUGAGGUGAAGUGGAGUGACCACCUCUUUCAGAAGGCCAUUGGGCAGUUGGGCGAUAUUGCGGCUUUGGUUUUUCACCACCAAACAGAUCGCCAAUGGUUCCCUUGUCUCAGCUUGUGCGGACCAUUCCUUCGUAUGUCUGUCUUCACCCGUGGUGGAAGCCUUCAUACGGUUCCGCUCGAUCUACAUAAAGAUGUCGCCAACUUCACCAGGGUUUUGAAUUACUUUACGCUGGCAGAACCCGGAUGGCUUGGCUAUGAUUGCCGCAUCUUCACGAUCCAGGGUCAAUGUUGGGAUCCAGACGCAAAGCCUGUGAAAAAGUACGAAUCCAUUGGCAAACUUUUCAUGUCAACAGGCCUCUAUGGCAAAGGUACACGUGUCUUUGCUACCAAAGAGAUGUACACCAUGACCCCUAAGCAUGCGGUGAUUAAGGACUGUUGGGAUCCCUCUGAGACUGUCAGCGAUGAGCUCGUGCAUAAGAAACUGGAAGAUCCCAACCGCGACCGAGGCAUGAUAGUCGGAGGGCAUGGUCUGGUUGACGAUCACCCUGAACGGGAGUUUGCUACACGAUACGACAAUUGCCAUUCCUACACUGAUCCUUGGGACGAUGUUACGUUCCUGCGAGGAAUAACCAUUAUGGAGAAAUCUAUGAGGCCACGAGACGUCCUAUGCAAGGACACCACGUCAGCGCCUCCUGAAUCCAUCCAAUCCAUUUCCGCAGCCAUGGGACAUUCCUGGGACAAGCCAGACGUGCCAAUGCUUGAUGACAGACACCGGCACCGCACAUUGUUUAAAACUUGUGGGGUGGAUAUUCUGUGGUUUGGAACUGCACGCGAAUUGUUCUAUGCGCUGGCCGGUGCGGUGGUCGGUCAUCAAAAUGCAUAUCAAAAACGCGAUAUUUUGCAUGGGGAUAUCAGUGAUGGCAACACGUUGAUGCUUGUUAAACAUAUCAGCGAGGAAUCUGCUGUUCCUUCACCUCCUGACAAUCCAUCUGUGGAUUGGACCCCUCUGAGGCACGGAAUGAUGUCUGAUUGGGGAUCUGCAGCAGACUGCGGAGAUGAGGAAGACAAGGAACGCUUGCGACGUACUGGAACGCUUCCUUUCAAGUCGAAUCAGUCGCUAAAGGGGGAGCCAGUGGAAUAUCAUCAUGACCUGCAAUCCUACUUUUGGUUGGCCUACCUCAUUACUUGCAACUGUGCCGGUCCCUUCAACAUGCGUCGAGACUGGGACGAGGAGAUGACGAGAUCUGGGUCAAGGGGACUUAUUACGUCCUCUCUCAUCACCAACCUCGCCGAGAUCAAAACACAAGGCGGAGACUGGAAGAAGGUCGCUACUGAUCACGCUCUCCAUUCUAAAAGCCCCUCUGCCGGUCCCGAGGCCUCUGCUGCUAUCCCUGUCAACUAUACACUAUCUUGGGUCCGUCCUGGAGUGCAUGCACUCGCUCCAGAGGAUAUCGUGAACCAGAGAGAACGCACGACAGACUUUGACUUCAUAAACCUCAUGACACCAUACUUCGCACGCCAUCAGGUCAUACGAGAUGAAAUGCUACAUUUGCAUACUCUCUUUUUCGGUCCCAUGAAGCAGUUUUCAGAUGGCUAUCACCGCCGUUGUCCUCCGAAUCCUGCUCAGCCAGUAACACACUAUCAAAUACUUUCAAUCUUUCGCCGCAUCCGUGACGAAAUAAGUCCUACAAAGGACACCUACCCUGAUGAGAAAUUUCGUCUUAACGCCCGUGAUCGGUAUCGCCACUCUCUUAAAUCGGGAAAUCGUAUGCCAUUAUUGGCGGAAGAAGAAGAGAAAAUGCCCAAAGUCGAAAGCAAUAAGAGAACCUCGGAAUCGGGUGACUUAUUGGCUGGUCCCUCCAAGCGCAAGAGGAGUGAAUGA